AUGCAGGAAGAGUCGUCUGAUUCGAACGGCGAGGGCGGUGCGCUGACCGCUAAUGAAUACGCAUCCAACACGACCAAGCGACAGGUGUAUUUGGAAUUCUCAGAGUUCAGUCCGGCACAGAUUCGAAAGAUCGAAGACAUUUUUAACCAAUAUGAUGCAAACAAAGAUGGAUAUCUGUGUCGGAAUGAAUUGAAACGAAUGAUGAUCAAACGUCGAGUUCCAUGGACUGAAAACUCAUUGAGUCAACUGAUCGAUGAUGUGGACAAAGACAAAGAUGGAAAAUUGACUUUUAGAGAAUUUGUUAUGACAAACCGUAAGACUUUGGAGUACUGUCAACGUGCAUUGGCCAAACAAGAAAAAGUAGACUUUAACAAAGUUGGUAUUAAAGGUGUAAGAGACUUCUUCGAGGCAAAGGCUAAAUAUUUCAAAUAA